ACAACUCACAUACUUUGGACGACAUGCUCGGCAUCCAGUGAGGACCACAGAGUUGAGAAUCUUCUGAUUUUUGGAUCUUUUUGGGAGAAAGAGACAAGCAACUUCACAUUUUUUAAAAUAUCUUCCUCCUCCUCAUCAUCAUCACAAAGGCAGAACCAUGAAAAAAGCAAAGCAGGUCAACAUGGACAAUGAGCCACCGUCAUACCAGGAAGCAACUGCGGGCUAUGAGGAGAUGCAGGCCCAGUUUUCUUGGGAUGACCAGACCAUUCGGCAGACCUUCAUCAGGAAGGUCUACGCCAUUCUCAUGGUCCAGCUCUUAGUGACCGUGGCAAUUGUUGCCCUCUUUGCAUUUUGCGCACCCGUAAGGUUCUUCAUUCAGACUCAUCCUAGCUUGUACAUGGCAUCUUAUCUCAUGUUCUUCGCCACUUAUAUCGCUCUGUCCUGCUGUGGGGACUUGAGGAGGCAGUUUCCCUGGAACAUCAUUUUAUUAGUUCUCUUUACUUUAAGCAUGGCCUUCAUGAUGGGAUUUGUGUCGAGCUUUUACAACACCAAGUCGGUGGUGCUGUGUUUGGGAAUCACCUCCCUAGUCUGCUUUUCUGUCACCGUCUUCAGCUUCCAAAGCAAGGUUGACGUGACUUCCUGUCAGGGCGUCCUGUUUUCGUUGUGCAUGGUCAUGUUGCUGUGCGCCAUCACCCUGUCUAUCGUCAUCCCUUUUGGCUACGUUCCCUGGUUACAUGCCAUUUAUGCGGUCUUGGGAGCCAUCCUCUUCACCCUGUUCCUGGCAUUCGACACUCAGAUGCUGCUUGGGAACAAGCGGUUCAGCAUCAGUCCAGAAGAAUAUGUCUUUGCCACGCUCAGCAUCUACCUGGACAUCAUCUAUCUGUUCAGCUUCCUGUUGCAGAUCGUCGGAGGCGGUCGCGACUGAAGCGCCUCCCGUAAACACGCUUUAAGUAUCUUCGCCGAACUCUUCUUCAAGCCAACAAGCGUUUUGUAAACUGACAAAACCACAUCAACUUUUUACCGUAGUUUUGCCUUUGUAAUCGUACGUAUCAGCCUUGUGAGAAUAUGUGUGCACCUUUUAUGGCUAUUUGACGUAAGUGAUUUGUGACAUAAUAGCUGACUCUAAUACGCCUCCGGUUGGGCAGGAUAAGGAAUUACGGUAAUCUGUGAUGAGUUUUCCUUUCAUUCCAAAAGUACAAGCUUGGCAGUGAGGACUCAUGAAUGUUAUGCACAGCUUGUUAUUUUCGAGUCUGAGUUACUGUAGCGUUCACGACCACUUACCUUAUUCUGCGUGGCAUCUUUGAUACAUGUUUUGACUCUACUGUGUUUUUCCAUUCAUGAUGAGCAAGUGCAUGUAGCAACAUGCAUAAAUGUUAAUGCCAUCAUAGUUGAUGCUGUGAUGUAUGUAUUAAAAGUGAAAUUUAGUCUCUAUUUUGAAUAGUAUAUGUUCGUGGCAUAUACUGUUUUUCUAUUUAAAUAAUGUGAUGUUGAGAUA